AUGUGGGUAGCCACUGCCAUGAAGUGGAAGGGCCCUCUUGAGACUCUGCUGGACAACUGGUAUUCUACGACAUUUGAUAUUCAAGCCUUGAGCUCUAGAUUGAAACCAAUAACAUGGCAAUCCAUGAUGGUGAUGAUGCAUUUGCCGCAAAUGCUCAUUUUUCCUUUUGCUAGUGCUGUGCUCGGUGUCCUCGCCCAUCAGGUUGUUCUCGUUGCGUUAUUCUCUAUCGAGUCUUGUUCCACCGUCCGACGAAGGCUGGCUUUCGUGGACCUUGGCACUGGCGACUCUCCUAGCUUUUCCACGUCUGGGAAACAAAAGGAUUUAAUAACUACAUCAUCCUUGAAGGAUUCGAUCAAGGAUAUGGCGACAUCUUAA